CUCCAGUCUAAUACUCAAAGCUGUCUUCUUAUGUUGCUUUUCAAACCUAUCCAUCCUAUUAACUUUAUUUUCCCCUGAUUUCCUUUCCAAUAACCAAAAACCUCUGUUAUCAUUUUCAUGCUCCAAAAUCAAGUUGCUUGUAAUUUCAUCUCACCACAAUGGAAACAAUCAAACCCGAAUCAACUUUAUCGAACAGCAAUAACAAGAGCAGACUAGCAAGAACUCUCCAGAAAGUAAUCAACCUAAGAAGCGCUAGAAAAAUUGCUUCCAGCAAAGGGGUUGGGAUCUGUGUUCUCACUACUUCCCAACACCAUGAUUCCACACCAAACCGCAAAGCUUCUUCCCAUGCAGGGGACUACUCCAAGGUUAAGCAGAAAGCUGUGUUGGAAGCUCUGCUUGCCAAGGUUUUCGCCGGUGUUACUUCCAUCAAAGCUGCUUACGCCGAGCUGCAAAUGGCUCAACACCCUUACAACGGCCACGCUAUUCAGGCUUCUGACCAAGCUGUUGUGGAAGAGCUCCAUGCUCUUUCGGAGCUAAAGUUCAAGUUUUUUAAGAAAGAGCUCCAUCUUUCACCUCAGGUCACUUUGAUGCUUGCUGAGAUUCAAGAACAACAAAGCUUGAUGCGGACUUACGAGAUCACCAUCAAGAAGCUGCAAUCCCAUGUUGAAGAUAAAGAUUCAGACAUUGCUCUACUUCACAAGCAGCUUCAAGACUGCACUGUCUGUAACAAGUCCUUGGAAAAGAAGCUAAACGCCAGUGAGCCUUUGUCCAUGUUUGAUGAUGUCCAGUCCAUGAAUUUGAACCCGAGUCAUUUUGUGCAAGUUUUACACUUUUCUUUGAGAUCUGCUCGCAGUUUCACGAAGAUGAUGGUCAGGGAAAUGGAGUUGGCAAAAUGGGAUCUCCUUGCAGCUGCUGAAGCAAUUGAACCUGGAGCUGUUUUUGCAAAAGAAAGCCAUAGGUGCUUUGCAUUUGAAUCUUUCGUGUGUAAAACGAUGUUGGAAGGCUUCAACUCCCACGAUUUUGGGCUCACAAAAGAUUCCCCCACAAAACAGCUCGACCCCCUGCAGUAUUUCAACGCAUUCAAGAGCCUGAAAUCUGCUCACCCAAAAUCGUUUUUAGCUCAAAACCCAGACUCUUGUUUCGCUAAAUUCAUCAGAACCAAGUACCUCAACCUCGUCCAUUCUAAAAUGGAGUGUUCAUUUUUUGGCAACUUGAACCAAAGGAAACUAGUAACCUCGAGUGGGUUCCCGGAUACAGCUUUUUUCACAGCUUUUGCAGAGAUGUGUAGGCGGUUUUGGCUCUUGCAUUGCUUGGGAUUCUCAAUGCAGGAACAAGUUUCCAUCUUUCAGGUGAAAAAUGGUUGUGGCUUCUCCCAGGUGUACAUGGAAAAUGUGUGCGAUGGUGAAAUCAACGCUGCAAAUGCUGAUGCUAGAGUCGGUUUCACGGUAGUUCCGGGGUUCAAGUUUGGUGUAACUGUGAUACAAACUCAAGUUUAUUUGUCACCGGUGAUUACUCCUCCGGCCAGACGUUGA